AUGCGGCUCCUAUAUCACGGAGAAGGUGGGGAAAUCAGUGUUACUGCCGACUUGGUCGACGCCAGCACGAUACCCCCUUACGCGAUCCUGUCGCAUACUUGGGGAGCGGUCGACGAAGAGGUGACCUUCGACGACCUUGCAGCGGACGCCGGCAAGGACAAGCCCGGCUACGAGAAGAUCAAGCAGUGUGGACAGCAGGCAAAAAGCGACGGCUUGCAGUACUUCUGGGUCGAUACCUGCUGCAUCGACAGGGCGAACAAGGCUGAGCUCUCGCUGGCUAUCCGAUCCAUGUUCUACUGGUAUCGUAACGCAGCUCGAUGCUACGUCUACCUGCCCGACGUGCCUGCUUCGCCCACCGUAGUCGACGGAGCAGCCAGCUCGCCGCCUUGGGACUCGGAAUUCCGACAGUGCAAGUGGUUCACGCGUGGCUGGACGUUGCAAGAGCUUCUCGCACCCAGCGUUGUUGAGUUCUUCUCGCACAAAUGGUACAAGCUUGGUGACAGAACAUCACUCAAGUCCCAGAUCCACGAAGUCACGACCAUCCCGCAUCAUGUGCUCGAAGGGGGCCCCCUUUCUCAAUCUAGCGUUGAAGAGCGGUUUCGCUGGAGACAGGAUCGGCACACAAGGCUCAAGGAGGACGCAGCGUACUCCUUGUCCGGCAUCUUCGACGUUGAGAUGGCGCCUGUCUAUGGCGAAGGCACGGAGGAAGCUUUCAGACGGCUUCGUGAUGAGAUUCGGAGGCGGGAGGAUUGCCUCCGUGACCUACGCCCUACGGAUCCUCGCGACGAUAAGAAGCGCAUCGAAGACACAAAAGGCGGUCUGUUGCAAGGCUUGUACCGCUGGGUGCUCACCAACAGCAGCUUCCAGCAAUGGCGCAAUGACCCACAGAACCAGCUGCUGUGGAUCAAAGGCGAUCCUGGCAAGGGCAAAACCAUGUUGCUCUGCGGCAUCAUCGACGAGCUGCAGAAAACGGUUGCUGGCGCCGCGUCAGUGACAUACUUUUUUUGCCAGGCUACUGACUCGCGCAUCAACAGCGCCACGGCUGUGCUGCGAGGACUGCUGUACUUGCUUGUCUGCCAGCAGCCGGCGCUUACCGCGCACUCGUUCGCAUCUUCCCGCGUCAAGUGGAUUGCCUCGAGCCGCAACUGGCCAGAAAUUGAAGCGCACCUGGAACGGGCAGGGCACAAGCUCAGCCUCGAGCUGAACGCGGGGUCGGUCACAGCAGCGGUUGGAAUCUUUAUCGAGCAGAAGGUGGACCAGUUGGCGCAGAAGAACGAAUACAGACCAGAAGUCCGGUCCGCUGUGCUUGAACACCUGACUUCGAACGCCGGCGGUACCUUUCUCUGGGUAGCGUUGUUAGCAUCUGCGAACUGA